AUGAGCGAGGCAGAACCAAUAUGGGAUUUUGAUUCAGCGAUCAAUCUCCUCAACAAAUUCUCGCUGCCUAGACUCAAUCUCGACGAUUUGACACAUCAGGUCGAGGCUAGUGGGGUUUCUCAAUCCCAAGAUGCAGGCGGCUUGGGCAAUUUUGGCACUUUGUGGGACUUCCUUGGGAGACCACACACCGUCCAAGAUGUCAUAGUCCCGGAGGAAUCUGAAUUAGAAAAAGAGCCCAGCUAUGCAGACGUCUCCGUCGAUGGCCGAGCCAUUCGCUGGCGAGACGAAGUUGAUGGAGCUGAUUUGGAGGACAACAUCGAACCUCCCAAACCCACGGCUGCGAGCCUACGUACUGCAAAACGAGCCGCCAGGAGGGCAAGAGCUCGCGAGCGCGCUGAAGGUCUCUCUGUGAUUCCGAACGCAGACACCGAUACCGGCACAGAUUAUGAGAGUGCCGGAGAGGAGCUCGAGGCUCUUCGAAGAUCACCCAAUCGUGCUGCUGUCAUCGACAGCAUUCUGGGUCGCUCGAGACCUGCCUUGAAUGACUCUCCACCAACGUCGCCUUCACCUCCGAAGCUCAAGGCAACUCCUCAGCGGGACUGGCCCGUUUCUAAUCCGUCUCUGUGGACCGCUCCGGGCAUCCCGUCACCGUCCCACACGACUGUCAUCGCGCCCCAGGAUGGUUACACCAUUCAGGAGCGUAAGCAGAAGCUAAUCGCUUUCCUCCGCAAGAAGCAUCGCGAGCAGGAACGAUUCCUUAAAACCUCAGGACUAAUGUUGCCUGAAUUUACGACGCUGAACACUUCCAGCAUUGGCGUACAUGUCUUCAUUGACAUGUCCAAUAUUUCGAUCGGUUUUCAUGAUUGUUUAAAGAUCGCUCGCGGCAUCGACCGCGAUAUCCGAGUCCGACGCAUCCCUAUGGAUUUCCACAACUUUUCCCUCGUUCUCGAGCGGGGCCGACCUGCCGCUAAGCGCGUGCUCGUGGGCUCCGACACCAAUCCUGCAGUCCUGCAGGCAGAGUCUCUUGGCUACGAGACCAACAUCCUCGAGCGCGUGCACAAAGCCAAGGAGCUGACACCGCGCCAGAGAAAAUACGCGGCACGCUCGGGCGGUGAAACCAGUGGGUCUGAAACGAACACCGGCUUCACCCCCCGAGCUGCCGCCAAAUGGGUCGAGCAGGCCGUGGACGAAAUUCUACACCUGAAGAUCCUCGAAAGUCUGAUCGACACAGACAAGCCAAGCACGAUUGUGCUCGCGACCGGCGAUGCCGCCGAGGCCGAGUACAGCGGCGGGUUCUUGAAAAUGGUCGAGCGAGCCCUGGCCAAGGGCUGGAUGGUCGAGCUCGUGAGUUUCAAGCUCAACACUAGCUCCAUGUAUCUGCGACCGGAUUUCAGGGCCAAAUGGGGCCCGAUGUUUAAGUGGAUACAGCUGGAUGACUAUGCUGAGUAUCUCAUCAACGGCCAGGGUUAUUGA